UAAUUUAUUUUAGAACUGUUAGUAAAAAACUGUUCCCGUAUUUCAGUCAUACAUGUAGAGAAAACUCUGUUAAGAAGCUGAACCAAAAUGUCCCCAAUAAAGGAAACGUUGGGGGACAGUUGGUGCUGUAGUGAAAUCCAAUGUCAAUCCGGCAUUUGACAGGACCUCCGAUCAACAACAAGAUAACAAUAAUAGGGUUCAUUCAACCACUACAAAGCCUCCACUGCUCUUAUCGAAGCAAUUUAUCUCACAAAGCAACAAUGGACAUACCCAAAUCACAACCACAACCGAGCGUAUCUGGUUUUUUCUCAAACAAACCAUAUCAACCUCCUUCCUGGGCCUCUGGUCUCAACCCCAUUCCCUCUCACGCCUUCUCGCUUGGACACUUUCCUACUCCAAUUCACAAAUGGAAUCUUCCCAAUUUACCCAAGAACACCGAAGUUUGGUUGAAGCGUGAUGACCUUUCGGGGAUGCAGUUGAGUGGUAACAAGGUCAGAAAGCUUGAAUUCUUGUUGGCAGAUGCUGUGGGACAAGGGGCAGACUGUAUUAUAACAAUAGGAGGCAUCCAAAGCAAUCACUGCCGCGCAACUGCUGUAGCCGCCAAAUAUUUGAAUCUUGACUGUUAUCUUAUUUUACGCACCUCGAAGAUUUUUGUGGACAAAGAACCUGGAUUGACAGGCAACCUCCUGGUUGAGCGUUUAGUUGGAGCACAUAUUGAACUGGUUUCAAAAGAAGAAUAUUCAAAACUUGGGAGUCUGACUCUUACUAAUCUACUGAAAGAAAAGUUGUUGAAUGAAGGAAGAAGGCCAUAUGUCAUUCCUGUUGGCGGAUCAAAUUCCCUUGGAACCUGGGGCUAUAUAGAAGCAAUUAGAGAGAUUGAGCAGCAGCUUCAGACAGGGACUGGCAAAGUAGGUUUUGAUGACAUCAUUGUUGCAUGUGGAAGUGGGGGUAGCGUUGCUGGUUUGUCGCUGGGAUCAUGGCUGAGUAAAUUAAAUGCGAAAGUUCAUGCAUUCGCGGUAUGUGAUGAUCCUGAUUACUUCUAUGACUAUGUGCAAGGCUUACUUGAUGGACUCCAAGCAGGUGUUAGCUCACGAGAUAUAGUAAACAUUCAAAAUGCCAAAGGGCUGGGCUAUGCAAUAAAUACAAUGGAGGAGCUUCAAUUUGUCAAGGAAGUUGCUGAGGCCACUGGUGUUGUUCUUGACCCAGUUUACAGCGGAAAAGCUGCUUACACGAUGAUGAAAGACAUGGCUGAGAAUCCAAUGAAGUGGGAAGGGAAGAAGAUCCUAUUUAUACACACAGGAGGACUCCUAGGGUUGUUCGACAAGACUGAGCAGCUGGCUCCUUUGAUGGGAAAUUGGCGUCGAAUGGAUAUCGACGAAUCUGUUCCACGUAAAGAUGGCAUCGGAAAGAUGUUCUGAGACUAAAAACUACCAGCAAGUGCUUCCCCAAAGAUUUGCAAUUUAUUUCUAUGUACAACAAAGAGAACAGAAGCGGAAGCAUAAAAAACACCAAGCUUUUAACAAAGGAACAGCCUAAAAAACAAGUGGUACACUUGAAAAUUUCAUGUGUUUGUAAUGUUCUUAGAAAUAAAUCAUAUAAUGCAAAUGUGUUUGCUUCUUGUGGGCUGUGUCACAA